AUGGCUGAAACUGCAGCGAUUCCCAUCAUUCACGCAAAUGAUGGCGCGAAGUCCAACGGGCCGGAUGUGUCGAGCGGUACGCUAAGUGCCAAACCACCGGGGCCGCGACCGCCGAGACAAAACCUGAACCAGAUUUACACCCUUCCCGCUCCCAUCCGCACCUUUCCACUCCCCACAUUCUAUCCGAACAACCCCUUGUCGUUGCUCUAUCUGGCCUACGCUUGGCUGAGCCAGGUCUUGCGCCCCCCGCCCAACGAGCCGUCGGUCGUACACACAGGGUACUGGGACCCCGAGACGCGCUCGGUACACAUCAGAGAUGAACCGUCGAUCCGGGCGCUCUGGGAACAAGGGUUCUACGGCAAGGGCAGCCUGAGUCGGAGCGAGCCGAACUGGCUGAAGAGGGAGCUCGCGAGGCGGGGUUCGCCGGAAGGCAAGACUGUCAGUGAGGCCCGCACGGAGCUGCGGCGGGAAGAGCGUCGGCUGGCCAAGUGGGAGAGGGCCAAGGCCGAGCUGGAGGCGAUCGAGAAACAGAGGUUCGCAGAAGCUGCCGCCCAUGUAGCGGCUGGAGCUAAAAAGCUAGAUGACCUCGAGGAUUCUGUUGAGGUUACGAAGUCGGUGGUUGCCGAGGUGGCGGAACCGGCUGUUGCAGAAGCAGAGGCGCUUCCGACAGAGCCGUCAACGGAAACGGUACCUGAACUGGUCGCUGAGUCCCCGGAGGUGGUCUCAGCAGACAGCCCCUCGGAGCCCAAGUCUCCUGUUGGGCCGGCUGAGCUGCUUGCGCUCCCCAACUCUUUGACCCCUCUGCACGGUGUAGCAUCUCAACCAUUGGCACCCCCCCAAAAAGAACCGACGGUAUUAUUUAGAGCACCAGUUGGUCCGGCGGAGCUGCUUGCCCUUCCUAACUCUGUGGAGGAGUCCUUCAGCCGGCUGGACGAUGCACGCAAAGUUCCAGAAGAGCAUGCUCCAGUCUACAGCGCACCAGUUGGCCCGCUGGAACUCCUGCUUCUGCCAAACUCGCACAUGGAUCUCCCUACGCGCCCUAGUGGGCUUGGCAUCUUUGAGCCAGCGGCCGCUCCCAUCCAACCGACGGUUCAGGAGGUGCAUCUGGUUGAUCCCCUCUCCGAGACGUUGCCUGAGAUUAACGGACCGGUGAAUGAACCCACAAAGGAGGAUUCCCUUGAAGCCCUGGUAGAGGAGAGUCUCGACAAAAGCAGUGUGGUAAAUGGGGACAAUGAAGUCGUCAAGCCCCCGGCGGCGCUUAUCCCGCCCGUUUCCGAGGUCCCUACCGUGGGAACUUCGACUCCUGAAUCGGACUCUGGGGUUCCUCAGUCGAAGCGCCGGAAGAGCGUGCGCUUUUCGCCCACAGUUGAGUCCGCGACGUUCCUGCACUACGAGUCGCCGAUCUCGAGCGGCCCCAACGCCGACGUGCCCAAGGCCAACGGUGACGUUCCGACGCCUGAGACAGCCCCAGCCACCGGACUGCUCACCACAGGAUCAUCCACCGAGAUCGAAAACAAGGAACACUUCCAACUAUCCCCCGAGGAAGCCUUCUUCCUCACCUUCUCCCUCGGCGCCUUGCGGGUCGUCGACCCAAUAACCGACACACCCAUCCCAACAGAGCACCUCCUCUCGCUCUUCCGCGCACACUCCUACUUCCCUCCACAGCCGCUCGCCUCAGCGCACCUCCGACCUGACGACCCGUUCCUGGUACACUACGCAGUGUACCACCACUUCCGCUCUCUCGGCUGGGUGCCGCGGCACGGGGUCAAGUUUGGUGUGGACUGGAUCAUCUACGCACGAGGCCCGGUGUUUGAUCACAGCGAGUUUGGCAUUGUGGUUAUGCCCUCGUAUGGGGACAAGGAGUGGGCGGGGCAUCAUAAGCAGGAGGACAGGGACAGGUCGUGGUCGUGGUUGAUGGGUGUCAACCGGGUGCUCUCACAUGUGUUGAAGAGCCUGGUGCUGGUGUACGUGGACAUUCCGCCACCGGGGGUAUUUGACGAGGUGAUGCGGGCUGGAGGAAUCGCGGCGGCGUUGAAGAAGUAUGGAAUCCGGGAGGUGAUGGUGCGACGGUUUUCCGCAAACCGCAACCGGUGA